CUUCCUCGACCCCCCUUCAGCUUGAGCAAGCGUCCUUUCUUCGAUAAAGACCCAUUCCCUCCCACGUCUUGAGACGACCACAUAGCGCCAACAUGUCGACCGCUUCGGCAACCCAAACGGCCAUCUCUGCCGAUGGCACCUCCACGGGCUCUGCCCACAAUCAGUCCAACAUGUCCCUGAAGACCUUCUGGGCUUCAUUAGCUUCCGCCGCCGUCGUUUUCGGCAUUCAGAUGGGCGCCUUCCUUAUUCUCAGCGGCAAUUGGAAAUUUCACGAGGGCCUCGUGGGUGAACGCCCAGAGACUCGCAACCAGAGUCUCUUCCACAGGAUCUACUUCUACAAGACGUCUUUCGUAUCCAAAAGCAAACAAAUCGCCUUUCCCUCCUCUGCCAUCGAAUCCUUCAAAAACGUCUUCACUCUGCCUAGCAAAACACUUAUCCGAGUCGCUGGCGUUGAUGGAUACUUGUUCCUCCGCUAUCUCCAAUUACUGCUCAAGAUAUUUGUCCCAAUGGCGAUCGUCAUCCUACCUAUACUCCUGCCUCUCAACCGAGUCGGUGACGUGAAGGACGUCUCGGGCAUGGAUUCCUUCGGCUGGACAAAUGUGGCAGUAGCAAACAAAGUCAACCGGCUGUGGGCUCAUUUGAUUCUGGCGCUGCUUGUUGUUAUCUGGGCGUGCUAUCAAUUCUACAGAGAACUGAGGGCAUUCGUUCGUCUACGACAGACUGUUUUGACCCAGCCAGAGCACCGCAUUCGUGCCUCCGCAACUACAAUUCUCGUGCAGAGCAUUCCACGGAAAUGGCUGACUGUGGAAGCUCUAGAUGCUCUAUACGACGUCUUUCCGGGAGGACUCCGAGAAAUAUGGAUCAACCGAGAUUAUGACGAGCUUCAAGACAAGAUCAAAAAGAGGACGAAAAUUGCAAGGAAGCUUGAGGGCGCCGAGACUGAUCUCAUCAUUAAUUGCACCAAGGAACAUCGCAAAAUGAAGGAAAAAGAGGAGAAGGCGGCGGGUAUCAAGAAGAGUAAGAAAGAAAAGAAACAAGACGAUAAAGAUCACAAUCAGAAAAUGCAAAACAACAUGGAGGACCCAGGAAUGAGUUCUGGAAACCCUCAUCAGAUUGAAAGUGCCAUGCAUGAGUUGCUGAACGAGGACGUAGCAGGGUCAUCGGUGUCCACAUCUCGGUCAUCGUCGCCCGACUCACACAAGCGGCACAAGAUACCGAUUCCUCUUGUUGGGGAGGGCCUGCAGGCGAUGGGUCACGGCAUCCGAGAUGUUGGGCUUGGAGUUGGAAAAAUGGGCUCCAAGAUGGUGGGCGGUUUCCGUGGGGCAUUCAAGAAAGACGAAGAUAAGCAAGUCACCGCGACGUCUGAUCUAAUAUCUGAAGGACAGGAUGAUUAUGCGGGUAUUCAUACCAUGGACGGCACCCAAGACCCAGCCAGCCCUAGAACAGUCGAUCAAUCUCCCAUUGACUCUGAUUACGGACGCCGAGGACCUAGCGUUGAUGACUAUGCACGCUUGAACGUUCCAGCCACUGAUUCGGAAAAGGGACCAGGUCAUCAGUCUCUAUCUCAGCCGCAGUCACAAGAAACUCCGGGAAAAGACGAAACGCCGACUAUGAAGAAGCACCACCUCAAGACUUUGAAGCACGCCCGAGGGAAUCCGAUGCGACGGAAAAGCGAGUUUGCUAGUCCUCAGCCGUUUCACGCAGAGGGAACUGAGUUUCCUUUUCCAACUGAGAAGAAAAAGGACGAAGAAGAGACCUACGACUACUCGACGAUCUACAAUCAGGAGUCUCCGGAAGAUGAUGAAAAUGCACUAUGGAGGAAAUAUAUCAAAGAGAAAGACAGAGACACCAUGCGGCUGCCUCUGCUUGACAAGAGCUGGUUUCCUGCCCUCCCACUCCUUGGAAAGAAGGUCGACACUAUCUACCACUGCCGAAAGGAACUCGCACGAUUGAAUUACGAAAUCGAACAAGACAAGGCCAACCCAGAAAAGUAUCCAUUGAUGAACUCGGCUUUCAUUCAAUUCAACCACCAAGUUGGAGCCCACAUGGCUUGUCAGUCUCUCAGCCACCACAUUCCACGCCAAAUGGCACCUCGAACAGUAGAGGUGAAUCCCAACUAUGUUCUCUGGGACAAUCUCUCUAUCAAAUGGUGGGAACGAUAUCUUCGAACCACGAUUGUAGUAGCCAGCAUCGGUGGGCUUGUCAUCUUAUGGGGGUUUCCAGUCUCCUUCACAGCGCUGGUAUCUCAACUCUCCUACCUUACUGGCCUGCUGCAUUGGUUGAACUGGAUCAAUCACUUACCUGGUUGGGUUAUCAACUUGAUUCAAGGUGUCUUGCCUCCUGCUUUCAUGGGCAUCCUGUUCGCAAUCCUGCCACUUCUCAUGAGGUUCCUUGCAGGGUUCUCUGGAGUUGCGACGGCUGGCGAGAAAGAGUUGAGGGUUCAAGAUUAUUACUUCGCGUUUGUCUUCAUCCAACUAUUUCUAGUCGUUUCCAUCUCCGCCGGUAUCACUAGGACCAUCAGAACUAUCAUCGACAAUCCUGUUUCAAUCCCUGGGACUCUUGCAAAGAACUUGCCCGGAGCAUCGACUUACUUCUUUUCUUACAUGAUUCUCCAGGCACUAAGUAUCAGCUCUGGCACCCUUCUGCAGAUUGGCAGAGUUGGGAUGAUGCUUCUUACUGGCUUCUUGGAUACCACUGCGAGACAAAAGGUGAAGCGAGUAUUGGGUGGCUCAUCAGUCAACUGGGGGACGUUCAUUCCCGUCUACACCAAUUUUGGUGCCAUUGGCCUCAUAUACUCCAUCAUCUCGCCGCUGAUGAUGCUUUUCAUGAUUCUGACUUUCGCUUUGUUCUGGUUCACCUACCGUUACCAGAUGAUCUAUGUGUCUUUCGCCGCCGCAGAAACCAACGGCUUGAUUUUUCCGAAAGCGAUCAACCAACUGUUCACUGGCCUGUAUUUCAUGGAGCUUUGCCUGAUAGGUCUAUUCUUCCUUGUCAGAGGCCCAGGAAACAAAGUCGCUUGUUUCCCUCAGGCUAUCAUUAUGGUUGUUGCUUUGGUUGCGACCGUAGGUUUCCAACUGGUUCUCAACAAUGCCUUUGGGCCUCUGUACAAGUAUCUCCCAAUCACGUUUGAAGACGAUGCUGUAAGACGAGACGAAGAGUUCGAAAGGGCACAGGCAAGCCGAUGGGCCCCGAAGGAUGCAGAAAAAGAAGAAGAGCACUCGUUGAGCAGUGAGCUAGAGGAACAGGAGAAGCGAGAAGAGCAGGAAAAUGAACAGCUCGAGGAAGAAGACGUCAGACGCUCAAAGCAAGCCCGGAACUCUGACGCCAUUGAAAUGAAGAACAUGGAUAAGAGAAGAUCAGGCCGCCGCUUAGGUGUGCCAAUGGGCGGGCAGACUGAUGGCGUUGGGUCCUCUCGGAAACGCGAAUCAUGGGCAGAUCGCUCGAGGUCACGCUCGCCUUUCCACGCUCAAUCUCCUGGCCUUGAACAAAAUCAAGGAAAGCCUAAUAAGAAGGCCAAAUCCAACCCAUUCGGCGUCAUAACUGGCAAGAUCCGCGAAGGCAUCGACGAUGCCGUCAACACCACCACUCGGCCCAUCCGAGACAUCGAGGCGCAAACAAACCCGGAGGCGUAUCUCUUCACGGACAUGCAAGACGCCCUAGAAGAUAUCGAGCCAGAGCAGAGGCAGAAGCUCAUCAAACGCGCCUUCGAGCAUCCAGCCACCAGAGCCAUUCAACCCGCCAUCUGGAUCCCGCACGAUGAGAUUGGAAUCACGGCGGACGAGAUCAGGCGUACUUCACUGUAUAGCGACAAGAUCUGGAUCACGAGCAAAAACGCGAGGCUAGAUGCCAAGGGGCAUGUUAUGUUCCGGGGACUGCCGCCUGACUGGGAUCCAUUUGACAACAUGGAGAUUUAGAGAUUUAGAUCGUUGGGGUUGUGGUGAGUUUCUAGACAGGGAUUUGGAUGAAGGGGGGGCGAGGGGGCUGCGGCUACGCAUGGCAUGUUGAUACGAUCUCCUUUUUUUGCUCACGACUUCCAGCGACGAAGACUGCAUUUCUGGAGCGGUCCAUUCUUGUUUUGUAAACCAGCACUGGGGGUGGUUGCGUGCAUACGAUACCCAAUACAUUCGGCUGGUAGAUCAGCUUUUAUUCCCUUCUAUUCAUCAAACGGCUUGCGUUCGUGACGGUUGCCAUUCAUUCUCCCAAAUAUCCCUCAACUGGGUCUGCGAACCGAAAUUGCAACCUCAUCACUCCAUAUGCAAGACGUAGGUAUUCGACGAACAGCCGUC